CCAUUACUUAAAUUUUCUAUACAUUAACGCAAACGGAAAAACAACAAUGAAGUUGUUGAAGACCCUCUUCCUUGUGCUCUUCAUAAUGGCUUUGGCCAUUACUGUAGCAACAUCUUCAGAGUGGAAUGAAGAGACAAAGUCUCUCCGAGGAACAAGCCGGUUCCUUUCCCAGAAUGGAAGGGUGGCGUUGACAUGUGAAAAAAACCCAAAGAUAUGCCUUGUUAAAGGUAGUGCAGGGCCUGAUUGCUGCAACAACAAGUGUGUGAAGUUUUUGACAGAUCGACAAAACUGUGGGAGGUGUGGAAAGAAAUGCAGCUUCGGAAAGAUAUGCUGUGAAGGGAAGUGCGUGAACCCUAACACUAACAAGAAGCAUUGUGGCAAAUGUGGCAACAAGUGCAACGCCAAAGGUUCUUGUGUUUUCGGGAUGUGCAGCUAUGCAUAGUGUGUUUGCAACACACUCAAGCUUAUUAUUAUUCUUUGCAAUGGUUAAUUACUUGGUUUU